GCGGCGACCUCGGCCGGGCGAGGCGGGCGGCGAGCCAGGGCCGCGGGGGCGGCGGCCACGCUCCGGCCCGGCCCGCGGCUGCCCUCGGCCCCGCGCCCCGGCCCCGGCCUCGCGCCGCCAUGGGCAAGAAGCACAAGAAGCACAAGACCGAGUGGCGCUCGUCCUACGAGGAUUACACAGACAAGCCCCUGGAGAAGCCCCUGAAGCUGGUCCUCAAGGUCGGAGGAAGCGAAGUGACCGAGCUCUCGGGGUCUGGGCACGACUCCAGUUACUACGACGACAGGUCCGACCACGAGCGCGAGCGGCACCGAGAGAAGAAGAAGAAGAAGAAGAAGAAAGCGGAGAAGGAGAAGCACCUCGAUGACGAGGAGAGAAGGAAGAGAAAGGAAGAGAAGAAGCGGAAGCGGGAGAAGGAGCACGGGGACACGGAGGGCGAGGCCGAGGACUUCGAUCCCGGGAAGAAGGUGGAGGUGGAGCCGCCCCCUGACAGGCCGGUGCGCGCCUGCCGGACCCAGGCCGCCGAGCACGAGAGCACGCCUAUCCAGCAGCUGCUGGAGCAUUUCCUCCGCCAGCUCCAGAGGAAAGAUCCUCAUGGAUUUUUUGCUUUUCCUGUCACGGAUGCAAUUGCUCCUGGUUACUCCAUGAUAAUAAAACACCCCAUGGAUUUCGGCACGAUGAAGGACAAGAUUGUAGCCAACGAAUACAAGUCGGUCACAGAAUUUAAGGCAGAUUUUAAGCUGAUGUGUGAUAAUGCCAUGACCUACAACAGACCAGACACCGUGUACUACAAGUUAGCCAAGAAGAUCCUUCACGCGGGCUUUAAGAUGAUGAGCAAAGAGCGGCUGCUAGCUUUGAAGCGCAGCAUGUCGUUUAUGCAGGACAUGGAUUUUUCUCAGCAGGCAGCUCUUCUGGGCAGCGAAGACACAGCCGUCGAGGAGCCUGUUCCCGAAGUGGCACCCGUACAAGUAGAAACUGCCAGGAAAUCCAAAAGGCCGAGUAGAGAAGUCAUCAGCUGCAUGUUCGAGCCGGAAGGAAAUGCCUGCAGCCUGACCGACAGCACAGCAGAGGAGCACGUGCUGGCCUUGGUGGAGCACGCGGCCGACGAGGCUCGGGACAGGAUCAGCCGGCUUCUCCCAGGGGGCAAGGGGGCCUCCGGGGGCACCUCGAAGGCGGGACCCUCUCAGAAGCCGUGUUACGCGUGUGGACACCCAUGGACGGCUUCACCCUUUGGAGGGAUGAUCGCCGCUGGUGGAGCCUGUGCCCGCCAGGCUUCUGCCCUGCAGCAGGACCUCCUCCUGAUGGGCUACCUGAGGAAGAAUGGGGACGGCGGCCUGCUCUACAGCGUGGUCAACACGGCCGAGCCGGACGCUGACGAGGAGGAGACCCACCCUGUGGACCUGAGCUCGCUCUCCAGCAAGCUGCUCCCCGGCUUCACCACGCUGGGCUUCAAAGACGAGAGAAGGGGCAAAGUGACGUUUUUGUCCAGUGCCACCACCGCACUGUCGACGCACAAUUCCGUAUUCGGCGACUUGAAAUCGGAUGAAACCGAGCUGCUUUACUCUGCCUACGGAGAUGAGACAGGCGUGCAGUGUGCGCUGAGCCUGCAGGAGUUCGUGAAGGACGCUGGGAGCUACAGCAGGAAACUGGUGGACGACCUGCUGGACCAGAUCACGGGCGGGGACCACUCGCGGCUGCUCUUCCAGCUGAGGCAGAGGCGGAAUGUUCCGGCAAAGCCUCCAGACGAAGUGAAGGCUGGGGACUCGCUGGGUGACGGCGGCUCCGUCCUGGACUUCAUGUCGAUGAAGUCCUACUCGGACGCCUCUCUGGACAUCUCCGCGCUCGGCUCCCUGGGGAAGGUCAAGAAGGAGCUGGAUGCUGACGACGGCCACCUGAACUUGGACGAGACCGCGAAGCUUCUGCAGGACCUGCACGAGGCACAGGCAGAGCGCGGGGGCUCCCGGCCCCCCUCCAACCUCAGCUCGCUGUCCAACACCUCCCCCUCCGACAGGGACCAGCACCACCUGGGAAGUCCUUCUCGCCUCAGUGUCGGGGAGCAGCCGGAGGUGACCCACGACCCGUACGAAUUCCUUCAGUCUCCAGAAGCUGCGGCUUCCGCGAAGAGCUAGCCUUGUAGAUAGUCUUCCGUUUCUGUAAAUUUUUUUAUUUGCACGUAACUGAGUUUUUGUCUUGAGACAGAGACUUUGAUUUUGUCCCUUUUGGUGUGUGUGGGGUCCUCUGCGGUAUCAUGUCGGCCGCGCACGGACCCAGUGUGUCUGCAGCGCCCUGAGAGUCCUGAACAGUGGAGAUCACACUGUGCGGCCAGGUGGGGCCGAGCCCGUGUGUGUCCAAGCUUUGAGCUGUCAGCCCGCCCAUGGGGCACCUUUCUGCCCCAGCACCCUUCCCAGAAGCCCCUUGGGAAGCAGACGUGCCUGUGGCAGGGUUCCUGCAUCUUCUCUGCCCUGCCCCCCGCACCGCUGCGUCUCCGGAGGUGGUCACGGAGGGCAGCGCCCUCCUGGCCCGAGACAGGCCCCCGCGCUGCUGGUUCCUGUGCUGGGCAAGGCCUGCCUUCUGCUGGAAGGCCACACGGCCACGGGCUGUGUCCGAAGACCUUUCAUUCCGGUUGUGUUUACUGGAUGCGUGUUUACAUUUGCAGAACACAGAGAACUCAAUAAAGGACCGAGGGUUUGCGUGUAA